ACGUACGGAAAGGGCAUGGAGUAGACAAUACCUCGAAUGUUUGAGAUCUGACAAGGCUGCACAACAGGUAGCUACUGGGGUCUGAGCGGGGGUAACUAGCCCAGACGACUAGGGUAAAUUUACUCUAAGAUUAAAUCAUGUGCGUAUUUGGAUCUUGAUCUCAGGGAUUAUCUUUUCCAUAUAACAGGAGCAGUGAUGGUUGUGGUGAUGGUUGCUCUGGCGAUGUGGUGGUGUGUCUGUAAGUCGAAGCAUAAAGUAGCAUCACGUGGACCCAUUUUUAUCCGUUCGAGUCGCUGGGAUAUCGAACUUUUUUUGUAGUACAGUACCGACUUGUAAACCACCACCAGGAAAAUCUUGAACAUCUUUUUUUACAAUCGCCUCGAAACUCCGUCUCGACAAAUCCAAAACAAAUCAAAAUCGAAAUAUUAUAUUCAACCAAAAAUCAUCAAGAUGAAGGUCAUGACACUCAACUUUCUGACCUGCGCGGUCAAGAACUGCAAGUCGUCCAACGACUCGUUCCCGCUGCACCCCAAGGAGGCCGAGCUGGCCAAAGAUGAUAUCGAGAUCAACCCUCAACUUCUGAUCAAUGUCCUGCCCCGCAUCGACUGGGCUGCUCUGCGGACCACCUCUACCGAGCUCGGCUUCCCCACCCUCCCCGAGCAGCCCCCCUCGCCAGAGGACCUCCAGUCCGACGAGGCUCUCCUCAAGGAGCUGCACGAGCUGCUCAUGGAGACCCAGAUGAUGGAGGGCAAGCUCGUGUGCGGUCACUGCGGGCACGAGUACGCCGUCAAGAACGGCGUGGCCAACUUCCUCUUGCCUAGCCACUUGGUAUGAGCGAAGCGCGAAACGGGGUGUUUUCAUGGACUGGUUGGAUCAUUAGAUCGGUUGGAGACCGGUUGGAGAAUAUCCAAUCGAGAAAGCUUCAUCGGAUGAUCAGCGAGUGGUAUGGAUGAAGAAGCGGCUCUCACCAUCGGGGAACGCGAUGCUUGGCUGGCUACAUACGGAGGAGCCAUGAAUGAGUGCUCUGGGUGACUGUUGAGGGUUGAUCAAGGGCUACAGCAUCGAGUUGUCCUUGA